UUUUCUUUUUUGCAUCGUUUCGAACGGCCUGUAGUUAGUCUGUGGAGAGUGUAUGGACGUCGCGGUCGCCUCGCUGAUCUACUGGCGAUAGUGUGGUGCCGACUGCGAGCUGCGGCAGAGCUAUUCGCGCGAACGCUUCUAUGGGGCCAGUUCGCGCCUGACCGUCACUUCGAAAAUGCACAUUCUGGAGAUAGGAGCUGAUCAAGAGGAUGAGGGUGGCAGAGCGCGCGCCGCCGAAGCCGCGUUCCGCACCGUGCCGCGCGACCACACUGCUUUCCUCGUCUGGAGGAUAUCGGAGUCGGGGACGGAGAUGCUGCCUCGCACCCACUACGGCACAUUCUACGAUGGAGAAGCUUACCUCAUCUACUCCUCUUCGCUUUCUGGACAACCUGCUGGGCCGGAUGUCAUUCGUCGCGAAAUAAAAGAAAACGGCAGCGGCGAGUUCGCCGAGCGCCACAUCCACGCUUGGGCCGGCGAGCGCAGCGGCGCACUGGCCGCGCUGGCGCUGCGCCGCGGCACGCAGCUCGCGGCGCACCUCGGCGGGCCCGUCGUCGUGCACCGCGAGACCUCCACCAAGGAGACGCCCAGACUCCUUUCCUACUUCCGAGAUGGGAUUCGGAUCCUACGCAGCGGCAGCGGCAUUCUCAACGGCGGCGCGCGGCUGUACCGCGUGCGCGGGCGCCGGCCGGUGCUGCUGCAGCUGGAGCCGGUGUCGUGGGCGCAGUUGGCGGCUGACGGCGUAUUUGUGCUGGAUACAGCCGCGCUGCUCGUGCUGUGGCUGGGACGCGCGGCUAACUUGGUGGAGAAGAUCUUUGGGGCUAAGAUAGCUUACCGCAUGGCCCGCGGCUCUGAAAAGGGCAUAACGGCUCGUCGCAUCGCGAUCGCGCACGACGGCUACGAGCAGACACUACCACUUGGGGACCGCACUCUCCUAGACACUUUGUUAGAGCUGCGCUCGCGCUCCGUCCGCCCCGCCGCGCCCCCCGCCGACCCCCCGCGUCCUGCCCGCCUCUACCGCGUCACGCAACCGCAACGCGUGUCACCCGUCACCAUGCCCUCGCAGAGGCCCGCUGCUCGCUUGGAAGAGGUCAAGAGAGCGCCGUUGUACAGAGCUGACAUGGCUGAUGAUGGCGUUUACGUAGUGGACAGCGGCGUCCGCGGCGUAUGGGCGUGGGUGGGGCCUAACGUGACCGGCAGCGGGGCUGCGCGUGGGGCCUUGGCCGCGGCCCGAGGCCUCGCCCGCGCCCGACGCUACUCGGGCCCAGUAUCCCUAGUGCCUGCUGGCAGGGAACCUUUGGAGUUUGCUGCUAUGUUCCGCGCAUGGCGCUGGUGUGACGCUCGCCGUGAUAUCCGCCUGAGAGCUGCGCGGUCUGCUACCACGCGCUUGGAUGCUGUCAGCCUCGCUACUAACUCUUGGCUUGCUGCUGAGGCCCAGCUGCCAGACGACGGGUCCGGCGCUCUUCGGGUCUGGCGUGUACGCGGGGAAGACGAGGCAGGCGCGGGCGCAGCCCUGGCCGAGGUGGAGCGCCCGCAGGCCGCCGCCUUCUACGAUCAAGACUGCUACAUCGCGCUCUACACGUAUCACGCACCCACGGGGGACCAGUCUAUACUAUACUACUGGAUGGGUGGCUCUUCUCCAAAUGAUUUGAGGAAUUUGGGCGCAAAAGAAGCCAAAGACCUCUACGUGAAGUUGGGGCGUCUUCCCGUCCAAGCUUGGAUUUAUCAAGGCAAGGAACCGGCACACUUCCUUCAAAUAUUCAAAGGCCGGAUGAUCACUUAUGUGGGCAGCGCCACUGAUUACGAUCCAACCGGUCGUCGAGUGGUAGCACCGUCCCGCGCCUUGAUCCGCGUGUCAGGGCAGUACGCGCGCGAGGCCCGCGGGGUGGAAGUCCGCGGGGGCGGGGGUAGCGGCGCGGGGGGGCGCGGCGCGUGCUACGUGCUGCGGGAGGGCGCGCGCGCGUGGGUGUGGUGCGCUGCUUGUGCUACUGGCGACGAGAGGGAGGUCGCGAAGAACAUGGCUGCGGCUGACCACACGCUUGUCAUGCAAGGCAAAGAAAAGCCAGAUUUCUGGGCAGCUCUAGGCGAACGCCGGCAACUUCUGGUGGCGUCGCCGCUGAAAGAAGUUGAGAAACCCCUCCCGCCUCGUCUCUUCUACGUCUCCCUUGGAGUGCCAGGACAAUACUCUUUCGAGGAGAUAAUCCCGGUGUCGCAGUACGAGCUGGCGCCGGAAAUGGCGGCGCUUGUAGACGCGCACUGCGCGCUGUUCGUGUGGCUGGGCGCGCACGCCUGCCCGCGCGCCAAGGACGACGCGCGCGCGCUCGCUAAGGCCUACCUCGCGCAGGAUCCUGCUGCUAGAGACCCUGAAACCCCCAUUAUCGUACUGAGCCAAGGCAGAGAACCACCAAACUUCACUGGUUUCUUCCCGCAUUGGAAACAGACUAUGUGGAAGGGCCAUAAAACGUUUAGUGCAAUAAUCAGUGCGCUGGAAGGCAAGUCGAUAGUGCAAUGCGGCAACAGCGCAUUGCAGAGCGGCAACAGCGCCAACCGGUUCGAUCAGUAUGAGAAGUACCCUCUGGCAGUACUGAGGGGGCCGAAAGAACACCUGCCUCCUGACGUAGAUCCUUUGGUUAAAGAACUAUACUUGACCCACGACGACUUCGUGGCGACUUUCGGCAUGCCCUACAGCGAGUUCCGAGCCCUGCCCGCUUGGAAACAGAAGGACAUGAAGAAAGCUGUCGGCUUAUUCUAAUCUAACCGUUAGCUUGCCUCUCAACAAACAAUAUAACCUAAACGGUCAAAUAUAUUCCUCGUUACCUAGAAGUACUUGUCUAUGUAAGAUAAUAAAUAUAGGGCAAAUAGUAAUAAAGUGAAGUGUACGCGUUCAUAUCCACUCGCAUUACAUAGCAGAUUUUAAUUAUAAUGUCAAACAGGACAAUAAUUAUAUUUUUCGUCAUAAUACUCAUAUAAUAAUAUCAAGGUAGUGUAAAAGUUAUUUCAACUUGUGGAGAAAUAUAUGAAAUAUCGAUAUUCUCGUGUACUUUUUACUGAGGUAUAGAAACAUUUGUUAUCAUUAGGUAAGCAUUACGAGUAAAACAAAUAAAACGUCUGAAAAAUACCCACAUGUAGAGUUUAGUAGUCCAAUGAACGCAUU